AUGUCACUUCGGCGCCACGUGAUUACUCGGAGCAUUUCAGUCCACAACCGCUUUAUUUCUUCCAGUGGAGAACAAAAAACUGGAGGGUCGCGGGGUGGUUUCUUUUCGGUUCUUCGCUACGGACCUCGCAAUCGAGCUGAACUAUUCGGUCUCUGCCUCGGUUGUGCCAUGUGCCCUUUAUCGAUUUAUUUGAUUAACUGGUGUGAAGGCUGCAGCAACAGGAAUAACAACACGCAACCGGAGUUGGUACUCGGUAAUGAAACAUUUGUAACUCAUGGGGUUGCAGCUCCCGACAAGGGAUCCAAAUAUCCUCUGGGAGGACCCUUUAGAUUGCGCGAGAGCCGUACGGGAAAUUAUAUCACCGAUAAGGAACUCUUUCAGGAUCAUUGGACGCUAUUAUACUUCGGCUUCUCCAAGUGUGCGGAGGUGUGUCCAUCUACGUUGCGUUUUAUUACAGAUGUCAUGAAGGCAUGUGAUGAGAAACUGGCGGGUGACAAAAACUUAUCGACAGAGGCUGCGAGGUUGCAGGCGGUGUUUCUUAGCGUUGAUUCACGGCGUGACACGCCUGAGGUUCUUGAAGGGUUUGUUUCAAAAUACGACCCUCGAGUCCGAGGACUUACCGGAACCUCAAAGGAGAUUGAGCAGGCGGCGAGGGCGUGGCGUGUGUAUUAUUCAUCAAUUGACGAAACGGAUGAAGAAAAAUCGGCGCGUGAGGCGAAGGGAGUGCCGAUGGUGGGCGCCGAUGAUGAUACGUACCAACUGGAUCACAGUAGUGCAAUAUAUCUUGUUGGAGUGGAUGGAAAGUUGAAAGAUUUCUUUUUCAAGGAAAUGGGCGUUGCCGAUGCCGUUGGAAGGUUGGAGGUGCAUCUUCAAGAUGUCUAUGGAUUUAAGGACACACGCGGUUGA